AUGGGAGUGUUUCCAUCGGAGACUCUGGUGAAGAUAGAGUCUAUGGCUUCGGAGAAUGCGGUGGUUAUAUUCAGCGUGAGCACGUGCUGCAUGUGCCACGCCGUGAAACGUCUCUUCCGUGGAAUGGGAGUUAGCCCCGCCGUUCACGAGCUCGACCUCCACCCUAACGGCGUCGAAAUCCACCGAACUCUCCUUCGUCUCCUUGGCUGUUCCGGAGGCGGCGGUGCUAGCUCUCCGGUAGCACUUCCGGUGGUUUUCAUCGGAGGGAAGAUGGUAGGAGCAAUGGAGAGAGUGAUGGCAUCUCAUAUCAAUGGCUCACUUGUUCCUCUUCUCAAAGAUGCUGGUGCUCUCUGGCUCUGA